UAUUUGGAAAAUUUUCGAAAUGCACAUUAAACAAACUAAGCCUUCAUGAGUUUAUUUUUUAUUAGAUUCAAUUGUUAGAAGCACUAAACUUCGGGCAUUCCCCCAGACCACCAAAUUACCCUUAAGCAGGGCAUCCAGGCUUUGCUUAUAUAGGACGACCAGGUCGAAUGUUGUGGGCAUUGCCGAACACUGUAAUUACUACCAAUGAUGAAUUUCCAUUAUUCUAAAAUUUCCCUGUAAAUCACCCCACUACUCUUCCUGUACAACUGAAGAGGUGGAAGACUUAAACAGAAAUGUCGAAUUGUCUUCAGUUAGUUUUUCCGAGUCCUCAAAAGGAAUCACAUCCCUGUGACAAGUGCGAUACGAUAUUCAUUUGCCGAUAGAGUUUACAAAGUGUAUGACAUAGUUUUUCAUUGAGUGUGUGUUCAAGUGACUUCUGUUUGUCAAUAAUGGAGCAGGAUAAUUUAAUGGAGUCGGAGAAUGAUGACAAAGUUAUCAAAACUGAACCUUUAGAAAUUCUGAAAAAUCUUUGCCGAGUUUGUGGGAAAAGCAAUGAUAAGAUGAUUCCAAUUUUUGAAAAUCAUGAAUAUCAAUUAGCUGAUAAAAUAAACAGAUAUCUGCCAAUAACCGUCGCGGAACAAGAUGCUCUACCCUUACGUGCAUGCAUUACAUGUGUUGCUACCAUCGUUCAGUGGCAUACUCUCUUAGAAUCAUGCAUCAAGGCUAAUGGAAAACUUCUGCGGAUUCUCAGAGAGCAACAUCAAGUUGAACUGCUAGAUAUGAAUCAAUCUUCGCUAGAUCGUAUCAGUUUAGACCCAGAAGUUGAAGAAAAUCAGUUAGUUAAAGGAGUAAGAAUUGAUGGAGUUCAACAUCAGAGCAGUCAUCUUCUGCCAGUUAAAGGAGAAAACCGUGGUAUCUCUGGGGACAACUGUUCUGGUGAACCAGGUACUUCAAAUCAAUCUCACCAAAUCAACCCGAUCUAUGAGAAUAUAAGUGAAGAUGAAGCAGAAGAAGAUAACGUUGCAAGCGAACCAAUAGAUAUGACAAUGAACCCGUCUAAGCAUUCUGAUGAUGUAGAAAUAGUUAAUGACAAACUAGAGCCACGAGUAGCCAAGAUGGCGAAGCUUUUUAAAAUUCAAAAGAUAAAAGACUUACUGAAGAAAGCUCAAAUUAAAAUUCAGGGAAAAAGUUUUUAUCAUUGUAGGAAAUGUAUGAAAAAUUUUUCUUCACAUGUUGAUUAUGUUUAUCAUGUUAAAAGCCAUACUAGACCCAAAGAUAUUGCAAACGAGUGCAAUAUUUGCGGUAAACAAUUUCAUACAAAACCUCAUUUAAUUAGACAUAUGAGUAAACAUCAUUUAAGAACAAGGAAAUUAAUAUGUGAACGAUGUCAUAAAGUGUGUGGCUCUCCAAAGCAAUUUAAUGAUGAGCCGGAUAGUAACACAGAAAGUUACAUGUGUAAAUCUUGCAAAGAUAGAGUAAAUAAUAAAGUAGUUUAUACUUCAGCGACUAUUUUUGCUAGUAUUACAGCAUCUGAUGAAGAUUGUCCAAAACAAUGUGAAAACUGUAAAAACUUUUUCCCUACAGAAUCUUCAUUGAGAUGCCAUGUAUCUGAACGUUCUUGUAUGCGUGUGAGUGAUGAGAUACAACAAAUAACGGAAUAAUAUUUAUUGUACUUAUAGAUGAUUAUAUAAAACAACAAUUAAUUUAUUUUUAUACUUUUAUUACAGAAAAUGAAAUGUAUAUUUUACAAUAUGUGUCUUAUCAUUGAUUUAUUAUAUUAAUUACUAAUUAAACUGUAGACGUAUCAAAAUAUCAAUUCGAGAAUGCAACGUUCAUGGUAAACUUAUUGGUUAAAAAAGAAAUAAAUAUGUUGCAUAAAUAAAUUUCUGCUAAAAUCAACUUAAUGAGCAAUAAUGUUCUGUACAUGUAUGAAGAAAUAUCAAGAGUUGUAAUGAUAUUGUACUUUUGUAGUUAAUGACUGUCCAUAAAUUGUAUGUCUGAGAGAAGUAAAACAGUGUUUGGCAAUGGACGUGGUUGAGGGCUAAGUACUGUGAUGGUUUGACGAUCAACAUCAACAUUGGUUCUGGAAAAAAAAAAAAAAUAAAGUUAUUGACGUUGAAUAUAGAUAUUGAAUUGUUUAAAAAAUAAAAAGUGUUCAUAUUGAA